AUGAGACUCUCUAUCCUUUCCGUCUUUUCUUUGGUCGGCGCCGGCAUUGUGUCUGCCCUCCCCCAAGAGUCCAACCUCUCCGUGAAGCGCUCGGAUUCCACCGAGAGCAGCAAGCCUGAUACCUCGGAGGAAACUCUUCUAACGUCUUUCACAGGCCACGGGUACGAAAAGUCCAGCUGUGAUACCAAGCCCCAAUGCUGCACCGAGGCCAACCUCCUUGGUGGCACUCUUGCUCUCGGAUGCUCGGAUCUGAAGAAAUAG